CUGUUGCAGUAGCUUCCAGCCUGUGCCUUCUUGCAUGUCGCGUGUGCCUUUCCCACCCCUCUGGAGGCAUUAAGGAAAGAAAUGAAACUCUUUCCCUGCUUCAGCAAGUGCUUUUGUUGCCUGGGCUUCCUCUUUAUCGUUCUGCGGGAGUCAGGAAGCCUGAACUCAGACAGCCCCGAAUGCAGCCCAAGAGAUGACAACCCAGCAUGCGCAGGGUCCCUGGUGGCCAUGCCUCUCACUUCUCCAGAAGGCGGCUGCGAUGGGUUGGGGAGCUGCAGGCUCCACGUCCUGGGGCCCGAGGAGCCGGCAGCACCUGAGGAGGUGCAAGAUGUCCCUGCUGGCGAGCAGCAGAUGGAGUUCAAGCAGAUCCUGAAGCACGCUGGAGAGCUCAACAAACAAAGCUCUCCCAGGACCAGGACCCUGAUGGACCGACUCAGCUUGGUGGAAACCAGAGUGGUUUCCAUGGCAUCGGGCCUACAGAAGUUGCAGGAGGAGAGCCGGCUUAAUCUGCACCGCUUAGAGGAGCAGCUCAGCUCUUUGGUGGCCCUGCUGCUGGGCAUCCUCUCUGGCUGCAAGCUGCCUUGCAGCGAAUCAGUCCUGAAGGCAUCCAUUCUUGAUAUAGGGAAAGAGCACAAGAUUGAGGAGACACCAGCACUUACAGUGGAACCUUCUGAAAAAUCUGAGCACACGUAUCCUCGGGACUGUGCAGAGAUCCAUAAACAGGGCAUCCGAGACAACGGGAUAUACACCAUCCAACCCAUUCCCCUCCGUCAACAUUUUGAGGCGUACUGCGACAUGGUCACGGAUGGUGGCGGGUGGACCGUGUUCCAGCGCCGGCAGGAUGGCUCUGUGGAUUUCAACCGCACUUGGCAGGAGUACAGGCAGGGAUUUGGGAGCCUGCAAGGGGAGCACUGGCUGGGCAAUGAGCACCUCCACAGCUUAACCCGCCUGGGCCAACAUGUCGUGCGCAUAGAGCUGGAGGAUUGGCAUGGCGUCAAGCGCCAUGCUGUUUACCGCAAAUUCAAAGUGGCCAGCGAGGCCCACAAGUACCGCCUGACAGCCCGGGAGUAUCAAGGCAGUGCGGGCAACGCCCUGAGCUACAGCCGCAACUACAACCACGAUCACAAGUGCUUCACAACUUGGGACAGCGACAACGACAACUACCCCAUGGGCAACUGCGGUGCGUACUAUGGGGCCGGCUGGUGGUUCGACUCCUGCCUGGCAGCCAACCUCAAUGGGAAGUACCACCACGGACGCUACACGGGGGUGACCAGCGGCAUCUACUGGGGAACAUGGUACAUUCUGGUUGACAAAAGGACCAAUCAGAAGUACUCCUUCAAGAAAGCAGAGAUGAAAACAAGGCCCGUCGGCUUUUAAGAGGAGCCUACAACCAGAAUGCCUGGUGCAUGUGGACUUGCGGCAGGGAGACUUUACAGAGAUAAGUUAAAAGAAAAUAACCUGCAACUGAGAUUUGACUUGGGAAAAGCAAGUUCAAAACAGGACAAAGUCCUACUUUGUGGUGGAGAAUCUUAAUACAUUGAAAACAAAGGAUAAAUAGGAGCAGAGUCACCAAGUUGCCCACAGCUCUUGUAACAAUCACAAAUGCCCGAUUCUACAUUCAACUUCAGUCACUGCCCUUCCUUUCCCAUCUCAUGAUCCUGGGCAGUAUUGAGUCAUAUCCGCCAUUCUUCCAUACUCCACAGUGAAAUUCAUGUUUGGGUCAGAACACAUCCGCAAGGGAACUUGCAAGUGGCUACAAACUUCCAUUUGCAGCUUGGACACACAUCACAUUUGCCUCACCCUGUUUCGUGGCUUGCUCUUUAGGCUUACGGUGGGCACGUAAGCAAGUUAUCUGGAGAGGAAUCAUAUAAAGGGUCUUAAUAAUGUAUCCAAAGUAUUCUACUUCAGCUCAACUCCUCAUUCAGAUUUCUACAGAAAGGACUGAAAGCCUUGUUGAAUUAUCUGGACCUUUCCGAUGCUCCAUUUCUAAAGAGGUAGCCAGGGCUACUUACCCAGAAGUGAAUGGGGAUGUGCUAAAUUGCAGGAAAUCAGAAGCAGCAUUCUGAAUUAUAUAGUGACUUCCAGAAGAUUAAUAUGCUUUUCCUGAGCACUGGCAAGCAGUUGCUCUUGUAUUUUCUGCCCAAGGUUGUCAGAUCCAGGCCAAGCAGGUACUCAGUAACCUUUGUGCAAAGAGAAGCGCCUGAGCUAUAGUUUGGGCUGCAGCAACAGGGAAUGCAUCCUUACUCCUUUGGGGUGGUAUCCUGACCCAUAUAUGGAGCAGGCUAGGGAAUGAGUGACGUCCAAGGCCUCCCCACUCUAAAAGAAAUGCAGGAGUGGUUGCCUCCAACAGAAUGUCUUCAAGGCACAUUGUGGUUCUUCAGCGGCACACACUAUUGUGGUCCAAGCCAAUUUGGGAACCACUGCUUUAGACAUGCUUCUAAAGUCAUGAAAUAGUGUUAUUGAUAGCCCACCCAAGU